AUGGCUCGAUACCUGAAUCCAGCCAAGAUUGGCCUCCUUGUACUCAUUCAGCUUUAUGUUGAAGAGGCUAUUCCUGGCGAUGCCAUCGUUCCGGUUCUGUCAUUCAUCACCUCACAUACCAUAGGCCAUGAAGCUGGCAACCCACCAACCACGCAGGCAAGCCGCUGGGGCAAGGCUGAGCGCACCGUCAGUCUAAUCAUCACUAUCAAGGAUUUUGAGAAGCUGCUAGGAAGCUUUCCCUUCGUCAUGGGCAUGCCGGGCCGGAAGCUGUGGGAUCAAUUCCUCACAAGGCUGUGGGACCUAAAUUCCCUGGACGCCCUCUAUGACUUUUUUGAGAACCUGGAGCUUCUCCUGGCCAAGACGAAAGAGGAGUCGCGCAGACUCAGCGAGGCGGGUAUUCCCGAUAUGGAAGAAGGCAUUCAAAUUGCCCGCAACUCGCCGUUUGGUGCCUUUGUUCGCCGCGCCAUGGUCGAGUACCAACGACUGCGGUUUCAUGACUGUGCAGAGCUGUGGAAGGAUUUUGUGCGAUACAGACAGCCUACAGCGCACCAUCAAAAGCGAAAGAGUUCGAGUUUCGGGAAACUGAGCUUUGACAAUGUCUUGUUCACUGGCGCGGCUGAGGAGGGCUGGGACCCAGAAAGUGUUUCUGCCCUGACGUCGGUAACAUACGACGAUAUGCUCACUGGCGAUCGACUUGGUACAGUGGCAGUUAGCACUGAUGACGUCGAGGUGCUUCUUGACUUUCAGAUUGAGCAGAUGCAGAGAUAUGGCAACAGAGUACCGUUGGAGACGAUUCACCAAUUCCAGGACCUUCUUCAGGCCAGUUUCCUAGUUCCAAGCCUAACCCAUUAUCUAAGCUUUCUAAAUGCAUGGAGGGCUGGGGACUAUCCCUCCGCAUUUGACCUACUGCAUCGCUAUUUCGACUAUACCAUGCAAUAUCGCGAUCGCUUGUUUUAUCAAUAUGCGCUCAUGAACUUGGCAGUUUUGCAGGCGGACUUUGGCUGCCACUGGGAUGCCGUCACCACAAUGCUCGAAACUGUCACAACGGCCCGCGAGAACAAGGACAUGACAUGUCUCAAUUUUGCGUUAAACUGGCUCUUCCACUUUGGCCGAGCUCAUCCCAGUCUGGUCCGGGAUCUCGAGUCUGACAGCCUUCUCGGGACAGGUAAAGAAAGCUUGGCGUAUCUUCGCGUCAAGUCAAAGGAAUCGGGCAUGGGAGCGUUGUGGAGCUCUGUCCUACUCAGCGAAGCAAAGCUAUGCUUGAUCAAUGGGGAGAGCGUUGCUACAACUGUCGAGUACAUUGUCCGCAGCUCGCAUCUUAUUGUCACGCGAAACAUGAAGAACAUGUUUGGUGCGCAGCUAUCGCUUUACGCCGCUCUUUGGAGCCGAAUCGGGGUCACGCAUCUCACAAUCGUUACCUGCGAAAUGUUCCUUCGUUGUCACAGCCAGCACUCUGUAUUUGACGAUGAACUCAAGAUUGUAUGUCGCCUCGGUUUAAUCCAAGCCCAGCGUGGUAAAUAUGAUGACGGUCUCAAGCAACUCGAGGGCCUAGACAGCAAUUCUCUCCGCUCGUGGAAGCCAAGCCAGUAUUGGCACAAGUACAGGGGAAUCAUCAAGCUCACCAAAGACUUACACCACAAUAACUUGUCUGGUGCUCAGGAGUUGCUUGACCAGCUCUUGCAGUCUAAGGAUGAUGACUUGGAGCCAGACAUGACCUUUAUGAUUGACUCAUUGCAUAUUGACUAUCUAACCAGACGGGGAGACUUGCAGGCUGCCUUUGCCAAAGUCAAUACUAUGAUUGACAUGAUAAAAGACGAAAACAAAGACAUUGCAAUUCUCGUCAAGCUAUUGCUUCUCAAGGUUGCCCUCCUUGACAAGUGUGAUCGGACGCAGCGCGGCUUCUCGACGGCCAUUCGCGCCGCCAACCUCGCUUGGCGGGCGCGCCUGAUACCGCAGUUGUGGGCGGCUAUGGGUGCGCUCGCCAACAUUAUCAUCUCGCUGGGGGAAUUUGAGGCCGCCAUUGAAAUGCUCAGCGCAGCCCUCCCGCGGUCCCUCGAAUGCGAGAUACCGACGCUUACGGCACGGCUAUACUCCUAUUUAGCGGACGCCAACAUGGGCAUGGCAGGGCGGAUGGAGGCCAAGUCGAGCAAGCGCGGCGAAUACAUGACGCGGGCACUGGCGGCGGUGCAGCGUUCAUUUGAUCACUGGUCAAGCGUUGAGGAUAUCCUGCAGCAAUGCGAGACGAUAGCGAAGCGGGCCAUGAUAAUGAAGCUUACGGGAGAAAUGACACUGGCGGCCGACUACGCAGCCGCAUACGUGGCGCUUCGCAAGAAUGCAGAGGCGCUGAGUCUGGGCUCGGGGUAA